CGCGGGGCCGCGCCACGUCCCUCGCCCGCCCGAGAGCGGGUUUUGCAGGCGGCUCCAGGCUGGGGGCUUUUGUGUCUGCGACUCCGGAGCGGCGAGAGCGCAGACCUCCUCCUCAGAGGGCGCUGUGAGUGCGCCGCCAGGGCCGGCCGCCCGCCUCCCGCCUCCCCUGUCAGCGGCUCCUGAGGCGGCGGCGGCGGCGGCGAAGAAGAAGGAGUGGGAGGCGGCGGCAGCGGCGGCGCACUCGUCCUCCGCACACGCCGGCCCCGGGUGGGGGGCCGCUCCCAGGCCGCGCUCCCGCCGCGGCCGCUGAGCCCAGCCGGUGCCCGCACGCCGCCCGGCCGCCCCGGGGCCUCGUCCUCCUCCCAAACUUUGCAAAGUCGGCCCGCGGCCCCGCCGCCCUCGGCCGCGCCUCGGCUCGGAGGCUCGCCUCGCAGCCGCAGCGGCCCCGCGAGGAGGAGGAGGAGCCGCCGCCGCCGCAUCAAAGAGACCGAAUUCCCGCGGCCUGGGGGGGAGUCAUGCUUUGCGGUCUGUAAUGUCAGCAGAACAGGAGAAGGAUCCCAUUUCGCUGAAGAGAGUUCGAGGUGGUGAUAGUGGACUGGAUGGGUUAGGAGGACCAGGUGUACAACUAGGAAGCCCAGAUAAGAAAAAACGCAAGACAAACACACAGGGGCCUUCUUUUCCUCCGUUGUCUGAGUAUGCUCCGCCACCGAAUCCAAACUCUGACCAUCUAGUAGCUGCUAAUCCAUUUGAUGACAAUUAUAAUACUAUUUCCUAUAAACCACUACCUUCUUCAAAUCCGUAUCUUGGCCCUGGGUACCCUGGCUUUGGAGGCUAUAGCACAUUCAGAAUGCCACCACAUGUUCCUCCAAGAAUGUCUUCCCCAUACUGUGGUCCUUACUCACUCAGGAAUCAGCCACACCCAUUUCCUCAGAAUCCUUUGGGCAUGGGUUUUAAUCGACCUCAUGCUUUUAACUUUGGGCCACACGAUAAUUCAAGUUUUGGAAAUCCAUCUUAUAAUAAUGCACUAGGUCAGAAUGUUAACAUGCCUAAUCAACAUUUUAGACAAAAUCCUGCUGAAAACUUCAAUCAGAUUCCUCCACAGAAUGCAAGCCAAGUAUCUAACCCUGACUUGGUGUCUAACUUUGUCCCUGGAAAUAAUUCAAAUUUUAGUUCUCCAUUAGAAUCUAAUCAUUCCUUUAUUCCUCCCCCAAACACUUUUGGUCAAGCAAAAGCACCACCCCCAAAACAAGACUUUAGUCAAGGAGCAACCAAAAACACUAAUCAAAAUUCCUCUGCUCAUCCACCUCACUUAAAUAUGGAUGACACAGUGAAUCAGAGUAAUAUUGAAUUAAAAAAUGUUAAUCGAAACAAUGUAGUAAAUCAAGAGAACAGCCGCUCAAGUAGCACUGAAGCUACAAACAACAGCCAUGCAAAUGGGACACAGAAUAAGCCACGACAACCUAGAGGUGCUGCAGAUACAUGCACCACUGAGAAAAGCAAUAAAUCCUCUCUCCACCCAAGCCGUCAUGGCCAUUCUUCCUCUGACCCAGUGUAUCCUUGUGGAAUUUGUACAAAUGAAGUGAAUGAUGAUCAGGAUGCUAUCCUGUGUGAAGCCUCUUGUCAGAAGUGGUUUCAUCGGAUCUGCACUGGAAUGACUGAAACAGCUUAUGGCCUCCUAACAGCAGAAGCAUCAGCGGUAUGGGGCUGUGAUACCUGUAUGGCUGACAAAGAUGUUCAGUUAAUGCGCACUAGAGAGACUUUUGGUCCACCUGCAGUGGGCAGUGAUGCUUAAUCACGGGCAUUAACUACAGUGGUUUUUUUCCCCCUGUGUGUUACGGAGGUUCAGUGACACAGGAUUUUAGUGUUUCACAUUUUUUUCCAAUGCACACACAAAAAGAUUAUUUACCUUUUUGUUUUUAUUAAUAUCCCACUUCAUUGCUAGUGCAAACUUUGUGUUGUCCUUGUUUGCUAUCUUAAAUAAGAAUAAUGUAUAUGAGGGUGCAUUAGAAAAUACUAUACAAAUAAAUGUUAGUUGUUGUUAAUAAUAAACAAAAAAGCCUCUUGAAGCUUCAAAAUAAUAUAUAGCAAAUGUAGGCAAGUUUUGACUUCUAAAAGUUAGAAUCUUUGAGAAGUUUAACAGUUGACCCUUGAACAACACAGGUUUGAACUACAUGGGUCCACUGAUCUGUGAAUUAUUUUCAGUAAACAUGUACUAUAGUACUAUGUGAUCCAUGGUUAGUUAAACCUGAGGAUGGGGAAUCAUGGAUUCAGUGGGCUGACUGUAAAACUGUGGGCAGAUUUUUGACCAUUGGGGGGUUGGCACCCCUAACAGCUGUGUUGUUCAACGGUCAACUGUGUUUCAGUGCUGAACUUUGGCAAUAUCAAGUUAAACAUUUAUUUCAAAAAAAAAUUUAAGGAUCCAUUUAACAUAUUUUCAGAAAGAAUAUAGGUAGCUGAAACAUGGAAGAAAGCAUACAUUUUAAUGGAUGUUUUAAAAAAUAAUAGAAUAUGGCACCAAAUUCCUCCCAUACUAGGGUCCUUGACGUUAGUGACUUUCAUAUUUUCAAGUCAGUCUUUCCAGGAUAUCUGUACAGAUAUGAGACAGAUGUUAACAUAUAAUAGAUAUUCAAUAGGUAUUUGUUGAUUAACUUGUGGACUGUACCAUAUUAAAUUGCUAAUGUUAGAUCAGUUGAAAAUUGACUAUAAUUAGUAGAGUUGUCAUAAAGUAUGUUUUUAGUUGUGCUAUUUAGAAAUAUAAAAGUAUUUUGCUCUUCAGUUUUCAGUUUUCUUUGAUUAUGGAGUUGUUUUGUUACUGUUUUCCAGAGAAAUAAAUAAUACAGUAUCCUUAGAAGAAUUGUGAAUACUUUUCUUAAUAUCAUUUCAAACUGGGACAUAUGCAAAUAAGAUAGGUAGAAACAUCACUUUGGUCUUAGAGAGCUCUGCUGGCAAAAGAACCACUCAGUGGUGGUUUGAAAAAAAUCUUGUUCUGGGGAUCUGAAUUCAAAAAUGAGCCUCAGGGGAAUUCAAAAUCCAUUUUAAGCAAAAAUCAAUGAAGAGCCAAGGUGAGCACUAACUCACAACAAUUCGAGGCCUUGCAAUUGACAAAGAGUUUCUGCUGUGACUGGGGAAAGUGUAAAAUAUGGACUUGCGAGUAUUCUCUUGAGAGAUGAUCAAGAAUGGAGACAGUCGGAGGUGCUCGAAUUAAGAGUCAAAAUAGCAGAAACCCAUUUUUGGAGUGGAUCAUAAUCUGUAACCAAAAAAAAGAUACUCUAUAACAGUUGAUAAUAAUUUAUAUAAAUGAUUGGAUAUUGAUAAAGCUCCCAAACUUGAAUCAUCAUUAUCAUUGUAACCGAAAAAGUUCUGAAGACCAUAUGGUGAUCUGCAAAAGGGAUAAUUACUACCAUUUAAACCUUGGUGAAAUGACAGCGGCAGCAAUAUUGCCAAGAAAUUUAAGUUAUGCAGGAAAAGUUUGAUUAAAUGUCCUUUGGUUAAUAAACAUGAACCCAACACUUUGACAUGACAGCACUUGACUUCACAUGUCACAAGCCACUAAAGCAAAGUUCACUGAAUUGAGCUAUUAAAUUUUGUGUCUAUCGUAGUCACCAGAACUUUGUCUAGUGAAUUGCCAUCUUUUUCAUCAUUUGGAGAUUUUUCUAAGAAACAACAUAUUCUCCAGCUGAGAAAUAGGAAUUAGAGAGUUUGAACAAUUUACAGAGCCUAA